GUGAGUCACACAGCGCAGCCGUUCGCAGAGAAGAGAUUAGAUGUCCUCUAUUAGGUCAGCUUGAGAAAAAGGAACAUUUUUGCGCAGUUAGAGUCACAUUGGGAGCGUUUCUUUUUUUCAGACUACAGCCAUGUGAUGGCAUAUGAGUCGAGUGUGUAAUGUAACAAUCACCACCGACGCUUGUGCAGUGUUUGAUGCUCAGUAACAUGACAUUGACGGCGGAAUGUCUCACUGAGAGCAGAUGAAUUGAAGAACGAUGUCGGAACAGGGUUUUGGCUUAACUUUAUCAGCUGCACCCCCGCUUCGCAGGGGCAGCACUCCCUUGCCAAUCAAGCAUCAGCUGAGACGAGAGGAAGCUGUGUCCGAGGAUUACGAUUGGACACCGGGGCUCAAUGAGCCUGCGACUCCCCAAAUCAGCAUCAGCAAUAUCCAAGAUUCUCCUUCCCCAAAACCGCCACAGCAAAAGUACCACGGACCCCUUCGGAUAGUACUACUGGGCCAAAAUGGAGUGGGCAAAUCCUCUCUGGCUCUUUGCCUUGCUGGACUGUCAGACAGAUCGCUCUCUAUAGACUCUGAAACCCAAGCAGCCGAUGAAGGUUAUCAGCGGCGAGUGACUGUGGAUGAUGAGGACAGCACAAUUUUAGUGUAUGACAACUGGAAACAGGAGCUGUCCACUCUGCAGUGUGAGGUGUGCAUCCUGGUUUUCUCGUUGACGGACAGGCGUAGCUUCCACCGGAUCGCUCAGCUCCGCCUACUGUUGAGGGAGACGCUGCCGCACACCCCCAUCAUCCUAGUGGGCAACAAGAGUGACCUUGUGCGCUCCCGUGAGAUCAGCACAGAGGAGGCGCACUCCAGCGCAAUGAUGUUUGGCUGCCUGUAUCUGGAGCUCUCAGUCUCUCUGGACCACCGCACAAAUGACCUACUGGAAGCGGCUGUGAGAGCGGCCCGGGGCCACAACCUGGGCCCCGGCUGGACAGAGGGGUCCCCCACAGCGGCCCGCCAAGAGAGCUUGACCAGCAGGGCCAAGCGCUUUCUGUCAGGGCUCGUUCCGCGCACCCACCUCGGCCGAGACAGGGACAGGGAGGGCGGCAGAGACAGAGACCUCAGCAGACACAGAGGAAGCAGGAUGCUCAGGCAGAAAUCACGUUCUUGUCAUGACCUCAGCGCUCUAAUGUAACCGAAAACGACCAAGAGAGAAGGAGAGGAGGUAUUAAAGGAGGCUAGAAGAGGGAUUGAAGAACUGCAUGUAAGAUUGGCAGGAGAGGAGAUAAGAGACGGUGUUGCCGCACCACUUCACAGAGGAGAUAAUUCUCCAGAGAUAUUACCUAAACUAGUAUGUGUGAAAUUAGUUGUUUAUACCAGUAUCUCAGUCAUUGAACGUGACAGUGGUGCAGCGAAACCUAGCAGUAUAUAAACUAUCCUGGCAGAACAUGACCUUUAAGGUUGCGAGAGGCCUGUAAACAGACAGACCGACACAAUAUAGCACUGGAUCACAGUAUAAUGAGUGCAUCAUGCUGGCUGUGGCGGGCUGUUAGUGGUGAUAAAGUAGCUCCUGUAGUAGAAGCAUGCUGACACAGCACGGAUACAGAACCAUAGUAAAAGUCCUGUCGUAAUAAAUAAAAAAAAUUUAAAAAGCCCAUCGGCACAGAAUACGAUGCUUUAGUUAAUGCAUGUAUUCAGCGUUUUAGAUUUUCUCACUCUUCCUGCACAAUGAUAGCACAUUUUCAGGUUUAGGGAAACUAAAUAAAGUGAUUUAAAGUGAAGCAGUCAUUGAGAAACCCAUACUGGUCAAUAGGGCUGCAUGAUA